UAUCUUAUUAUACGAACACAAUAGUAGAGGCGGCCUUGGAUCUAAGCACGCUCGGAAGACACGUGACCUUGAUACCUUGGUGAGAACCUUGGCCAAGACAUCAUCAACUUCCAUCUCCAUCCACCUUUCUACAAUCAAACAAUCAAAAUAUUCGCCAGUGCCAUCUCACGAGAAUGGCGACUAAUCCACAGCCCGAGAAUACCGAGCAGGCAAUUGCCGCACCCAACGGCGCGCAGCCCGAGCCAAGCGACGAAGCCCCAGCCCUUCUAGAACCCAGGCUGCCGACCCGCAAAGAUACCUCGCUGAAGGAGCUCCUCAGCAAGAUGGAUGACUACGCCCCGAUUAUCCCUGACGCCGUAACACACUACUACAUGACCCGCGCCGGCCUCCCCCCGCCGCCGCAGACGGACCCGCGCCUGGCCCGCCUCCUCGCGCUGGCGACGCAGAAGUUCGUGGCCGACAUCGCGGCCGACGCAUACCAGUACAGCCGGAUCCGGGCGAGCAACACCAACACCAACAACCCGAUGGGCAGCCUGGGCGCCGCGGCCGGGUUCCCGGUCCCCGGACAGCAGGCGGGGGCCCCCGGGGGUAAGGACCAGGGGAGGGCGGGGGCGCCGCUCGGGAUACAGAGGCCCGGGUUUGGCGGCGGGGGCCAGGGGGGCACGCAGAAUAGGACGGUGCUCACCAUGGAGGAGCUGGGAAUGGCGGUUGGGGAGUAUGGGGUCAAUGUUAAGAGGGGGGAGUUUUAUCGCUAGGCGGGACUGGAUGGGAAGAUAUGGAUGCGUCGAGGGGACACAUGGAUGGCGUCAAGGGAAGAAUGGAUGGAUGGACGGCGCGCGGCUAGGUGGAUCAUGGUAUUUCAAGGAGUUUCGGCGGCAGGCAGGCGUUCAACGGUGUUUAUCAUCAUCACAGUCGGAGAAACACGCCGCCUUCCCUGGCGUCUCGGAUGGCUUACAAUCCCAGCGCCUGUCUAUUCCAUAGAGCACUGAAUCGUACAUACAUUGUACAUCUCUGGGAAGAGAAAAAAAGGAUAAAAAUAUAAACAAAGCACUGAGAAUAUUCCCUUCGCGACGCCUCGUGGUAUCUCCAUGCCAGAACACACCAAUCUUGUCAUAUCCCACAGAUACGGCUACUUGGUCUUGGUCCAGACGAACGGUUUUCUUGUCCUGUG